UUAGACCUGGCAAUUUUCCCACAAUGCUUUUCUUUAGUAAAGUGACCUCUAGAUGAUGCCGGCUGCUGUGUUGUGCUAAGUUUCGCAGCGGGCUAACCAACAACUAUAACAAGCAACAAAAUGGUCCCUCCAGUGGCUGUGUCACCUCUUAUCAAGACCGCAAGGUACUCCGCUUUGAUAGCUGGUAUCAUCUAUGGCAAGAGGAGAUAUGAUCAAUUGAAGCCUAUUGCAGCUGAGGAGAGGAGGGUUGAGGAGGAGGAGAAGAAAGUUCGGGAAGAGCAGGAAAGAAUUGCCAAAGCAAUAGCUGAAGCCAGUGAGGAAUCCAUUUUGAACCUCAUGAAAAUGCCAUAAAUGAUACAUGGUAAAUAUUUGAAUCUUCUUUCCUUUCUUCAUUUACCUUGCACUUGCUUCACUGUUACUUCUAAAACAUGUUUUAGUUGUUUAUUUAUUAAAAUACUAUUAUGGAAUCAAA